AAGGACCAUAUCCUUGAUCCUAAAGGUGAAGAUUAUGAAAGGGCCAUCCACUUACUGUGGGCUCAGAUCCUCAAUCACCCAAUAAACAGCAGCAUUCUUCGUUCUGAAAGGUUUCGGCUGGCCCUUUAACAAAGCCUUGCUUUCUAUUACCACGUCCUGAUGAACCUACUCUGCAAACAUAUCAAUGCUGUCUUUCUCAUUCUUUCUCCAACAGCCUUUCCUGUCUCUGAUCUUUUAUGUUUCUUUCUUAUUCUCUCUUAUUGUUCUUCUUUCUUAUUUUCUGUCUCUCUCUGUCUCACAUUCUCAUUCAUCUCUCCAGUGCCUGCAGCAAGUUUCGGUCUCGCUCUCUUGCUCCACCAUACUCUCAGGUUCCUACCUCUGGUGAACGACGUAAGGUUGUCAAGCCCCAUGUUCUCACACUGAGGUCUCUUUUUCAGAUUAUUACAGCCCAGCAGCUCCCCAAAGUCAAUAAGGAUAAAAAGAAUUCCAUCGUGGAUCCCCUGGUGCGUGUGGAGGUACACGGAGUUCCUGAAGACACCAGCACCCAAAAGACCCGCCAUAUUGAAAAUAACGGAUUUAAUCCGGUCUGGAAUGAAGUGCUCCAAUUUACCAUCAUUGUUCCCGAGCUCGCUCUCAUCCGACUUGUUGUUGAAGAUUAUGACACAGCCUCCAGCAAUGACUUCAUUGGACAGUUUACGCUUCCAUUCACCAGUAUGAAAGAAGGUAA